UCCGCGGGAGGAGCCUCCCGCGCCCCCGCCGUGCCGGCGGCAGCGCCCGGCCCCGAUACGCCUGCGAGCGAUCGGAGCUGGGUUGAGGUCGUCGGCAUCCGGAAGAGAAGGAGGAUGGCCAAAGGGGGCCGUAGAGCCCCCCCCACUCGGCCUGCGGAGAGUGGCUGGGGGUGUUCCCCCAGGACACGGUACGGCCUUAGCCUCGGGUCGGCCAUCGGGGGUAGCGGCACCUGCCGCCCCCCGGCGGCCGGCCGGGCAAGAAGAAGAAGGACAAAGAGAAACAGAAUGGAGGUCCGCCGCGAAGCAAAACGCUCGCGGCGAAGAAGAUCGGGAGGCGCGUCCCCAAGUCAUCGGCGAUUCUGGUGACGGUGACUGGGGACGACGCCUCCUACGCAGGAGUGAUGCGGCGGGCCCGUGAGGCCAUUGUCCUUGGCGACAUAUUGCCGCAGGGGGGGAAAGGGCUGCGGGUUCGCCGAGCCCAGACCGGGGGUCUCCUCUUGGAGAUCCCCGGCGAAGAUAGCAGGCCAGCCGCGGAAAGGCUGGCCUCAGAGAUGAGGCGCGUCGCGGGGGGCCCGGACGUGCGGAUCUCAUGCCCUCUACGGAGGGUGGGGAUCUCCGGGUUCGACGAAUCGGUAGCCCCGGAGGAAGUGGCCACGGCGGUCGCCGACUCCGGGGAGUGCUUCGUGGCGGACCUCAGGGUGGGUCGAGUGGUGCGCAGUCGGCGGGGGCUGGGCUCUGUCAUAGUGCAGUGCCCGGUCACCGCCGCUGCGAGGCUCGCUCGAGCGGGGAGUCUGACCCUGGGCUGGGUAGCGGCUCGCGUGGAGGUGCUCAAAGCACCGCCACAGCGAUGCUUCCGCUGCCUAGCUCAGGGACACACGCAGCACCGGUGUCCUGGCGGUGUCGACAGGGCCCGGUGCUGCUUUAACUGCGGGAGUGAGGGGCACACCCAGGCAGAAUGUGCGAGUAGGCCGUUCUGCCCGAAGUGUGCCUCCAAAGGUAAGGCGCCUAAUCACCGCCCAGGCAGUGAGAAGUGCGUCCGGGUUCCCCCGGCUGCUCGUCCGGGGAAGAGGGCUCCCCCUCCUCCGCAGCGGGAGGAGGGCGGAGUCUCUGAAGAAGAUCGGCCGCCGACCCCUCCGCCUCCCACCCCGCCCGGCGCUCAGGCCGUGGAUGGUGGUGUGUCGGAGGGGCCGGUGGCCAAUAUCGAUAUGGAGGAGACCCCUCCCGUGGCGGAGGCCUCUGCUGACAAGGCCUUCGUCACGGGAGUGAUAGAGAUCUCGUCGGAGUCGUCCGGAGCAUCAGGGCUCCGGACGAGUCCGCCGACUAAAAAGAGGUGCGAGGCGCUCGACAGUCCGAGCGCCGCGCACCUCCCCCAGGCAAAGGUGGUGCUCGAGCCCCUCCCUCUCCCGCAACGGGAGAAGCGAGUGGGACGAGACUCGAGCACAGUUGGAGGCCAUAUCCGCGUUGAAGUCACCCAUAAUGACAGAGUAUCUGUAGUUAGCUUGCAGAUUAAGAAACAGUUGUUCAAAUUCAUUUAUAUGCCCUACAUUAGGUGGUCGAUAAAUCACCGCCAGCAAGAGAUUAGAGGCAUCCUCCAAAACUAUCUCCGCGAUGAUGUACUCCGGAGUACCAUUGUACACCUCCACCGAGCCAGCCAAAAUUGAAGCACCCAGGUUCUCACGCAAAUAAAACGCAACCCCCCCUCAAUGCCUACCACCUCUGUCUCGCCUGAAAAGUUUAUACCCCGGAAGAUCUACCAGCGCGUCCGAAAUCUCAGAUCUCAACCAAGUCUCCGACAUGCAGAUGAUAUGGACCUAAGGAGGCGCUCUUUGAACGGUGGUUCAUUCAGCGCACGACCUGGCCGCUGUAUACGACAUCGGUGUUGGAAGGGAUUUUGCGGAAGGCUGAAGACAAGGGGAGAGGCAUCUUGGAGAUCCUCGAUGGAAGUUCAUAGUUAACUAUAGACCCACCCGUUAUCUUGUCAGCGAUCUACAGUUUGGGAGGCUGCCCUGGUUUGCGCACUCACCGAUCGUUGACUCGAUAUAAGUGAACUGAUUUCCGAUUUUGCGUCGUAUUUAUACCGUCUGAUUGUAGACGAGGGGUACCAAGGAGCAAAGGUUCCCGAUUUUCGUUAGGUUUUCAAUAUAGGUAAACCCUUUAACGAUCACGCGCCUUCCGCGUGCCGCGCGGCUUGCGAGUUAAGAGGAAAUCGCGUAUAAGAUCAAGAAUUAGUUUCGAUUCUUUAAAAUUCAAUAUAAAACAUGAUUUCCAAAGAAUUUUUAAAUUGAGUGCGCAGAACUGUAGUGCUGAUUUUUCUGAGUUGUUACAUAGCAAAAGAAUUAGAAUUUUUCAACGCAAGUUAUUUUUUUAUCGAUCUUGAAUUUUCAGAAGACUAGCGGUUCUAAUUUUUAUAGGAUUUUAAUAUAGUGCGAACAGAGCGCAAGCUGAGAGCGAGUGUAAUAGAUUUUUAAAUUGAAACCCAUAAGUUUAUUAAUGCUACUAUGUUUAAUUAUCCCGUGAACAUAGACGGAAUUAUCAUACGAAAGUCGCGAGGAGCGCACGCCCGCGCGCACCGGUGCCGCGACAAAAUUUAUUCCGAGAUCCUUUAAUAUUUAUGUAGGUUACAAUUCUCAAGUUAUCUUAAUUUUGAUUUGACAGGAUGGUAGUGACGAUUUUUCUGAAUCGUUACGUCACCGAAAAGUUUGAAUUUUAAUAUUGCUUCUGGGUGAAACCGAAUAUUAUACUUGGGACGUCUAUAACGCUUUUAGUUUUCUCGUUUUUUUUAAUUCCACGUGCAUAGUAGGAUAGUGGAGUAGGCGCUUUACAAGAGUGCGUGUUGAAGUUCGCAAUUUUAUUAUUCCUACUAUGAUGACACCAUUUUUCUUUGUGCCUGAAUAAAUCUUAAGACUCGGCGCGCGCGGGCGCUUGGUGACGCUCGCGGGGGUCGCAACGUGUGGGAUAGUCGCGCGAUCGAGCGCUGCCUGACGCGUUGAUCUUCUUUGAUUUUUACCUGUCGGAGGUUUUAAGAUAUUUAAAUGCGAUAAACGCAAUAUAAUGGCCAAAGAUAUACACAAGUUACUAGGUUGAAAAUUACAAAUUUGUAGUUGCUUUUGGGCAAAAUUAUUUUCUCUUGCGUUUGAGAAAAUAGAUAAGAUCGAACCGUGCGAGCUUGAAGACGCAGACGAGAGUCGCGAGGCACAAGAAGACCGCACGCGAGCGUUUGUGAAUCGCAUUCCGCGCAUUAUUUCCAAUUUAAUCAAAUUUAUAUUUCAAAUAAUAAUUUCAAGUUUGCAUGUACGGCGCGAUUGCACUCAGUACACGCAAUCAUCACGCGAUCACAGGUUUAUUAUUUUAUUAUUAUUUUUACCAAAAAGUGUUACAAAAUUUGGGCGGUUAUGCGUUGCUAUUUAUAAUUUUGGAUUUGAAGUGGUUAUUUACAUUAUCUUUGUAUGUCAAAAUUUGUUUCUGUAAUUUUUUCUAGAAGGUUUAAUCACUUUAAAAUUUACGUUAACAAAUGCAUGCGGAUGUUGCAUCAGGUUAAGGAAAAUUUUUGAACACCAGACGUUACGUCCCGAUGUUACAUCCCACAUAGUAAUAUUUUUGUGAUAUCACAGAAAUAUUGCAAUAUCACAGAAAUAUUACAUAUUAUUGUGAAAUAUCACAGAAAUAUUACUGUGAUAUUACACAGUGAAAAUGACAUUGAAAUGUUCCAUUGAUAUCACAAAAAUAUCACAAAAAUAUUAUUAUGAUAUUACACAGUGAUAACAACAUUAAAAUAUUUCAGUGAUAUCAUUGCAA